UUCACCGACAUUCCUUCCAACAUUUCCCACCAUUCUCCCCCCAAAUUUAUUUCCCUCUCAUCAGGCAGCAUGAGGAGGCAAAUUGAAAAUUUUCAAGUGGCAUUCAGACAACAGAUAUGAAAAACCAUUGUGUGAGCCUCUGAGGGCUUGUCCAUGAAUUAAACGAGGGCUUCUUAAUGUUAUUCAAAACCACGCCAUCUAGCCUAUACUUCAUUUUGGGAACGAAAGAAUUGACAAACCCCAACGUUAUCUCCUUGAGAAACCCCUUCUUCGACAGACCUCGAGUCCUCGGCCCUCUCCCUCUCUCUUCUUCGACACAAGUCUCCCCCCUCUUCUUGACAAGCCCCAACCUUAUCUCUUCUAGAGACCCCGACCCUAUCUCUUCUUCGACAAACCCCAACCAAAGCUCUCUCUCUCUUUGACGAAUCCCGACCAAAACCAUCUCUACCUCUAGAUUGAAAACCUAAUGGGUAGCCUGGAGAGAGCCCUAGAUUGGAAGCCAUCUCUUCUCCAAUUCUUCGAAUCACUUUCUCUCACGGUCCAUUUUGGUCUCUCUACGUAGGAGCAGAAGAACCUAAAGGGUGAGCUCCUUCGACCCCAUGAACGGGUGAAGAGGAUCCAGUCGGUGCCUAGCACAGAUGACGAACAACCUCAUCGCAGCGCUCUAGCUCCAAAGCUGAUCGAUCCCUCUCGAAAGAAAUUUCUAUGGCUUUUCGUUGAGAGGAUUGGCUGCAAUUUCAGUUUUCUCUGCAGAAGAGAGAAGGAUGUUGCAAAAUGUAGAGUGGAACAGCUUUGCCCCUUCCCCUGUAACCUCAUCCAGCAAGAGCUGUAGCGAUAUCCUACAGACGUCUGACAAAGUGGCUCAUCCGGUCAACAUUCUAGAAGAUGAUGGAGACUCUUUAGAUUCUCACGUCGCUUUGGUCCGUCCACUUAAGUUGAAAAGACCCGCAGUCCAAGAAAGAAGGCAUAGUGGGAGCAGUAGUAGCAAUAAUAGUGAGGUCCACUUUAAGCGUAAGAAGAUCGACAUCAGCCUUGGCCCUACUUAUUGCGAUCUCAAUGUUGAAUAUACUCUUAAUACCGACUUUCUUGGUGACGUUCCAACUUCUUCACAACCGAUGCUGCAACGUAAUGAGGGUGCGGAGAUUGAUGGUCAUCCACUUUGGGGAAACGAUGACACCUUUUCAGACCCUAUACGUGUUCCUUCUGCAGCGGAACUUGAGGCUUACUCUUUACCCGUGAAAGGAACAUCCAAUGCAAAGAAUGACUCACAGCAAGUUGACCCUACAGGUCCACUUGCCAAGGUGCAUCCUCCCAAGCCUCUGAACACCGUAGCCUUUUUUUAG